AUGGGUAUUACUCUGAAAUCAGAGUCAGACAGAAAGGAAAAAGAAGUAAAGAUGUCUAACGAUGAAGUUCACAUAGUUAUGUUCCCAUUUCUUGCAUUUGGUCACAUUAGUCCCUUUGUUCAACUCUCAAACAAGUUGUUCUCUCAAACAAGAAUCCGCAUCACGUUCCUCUCAGCUUCAUCAAACAUCCCCAGAAUCAGAUCUACACUGAACCUCAACCCAUCCAUUGAAAUUGUUCCACUUCACUUCCCAAAUCAUCAUGAUACAAAAAGCACUGCUGAAUUGCCACCACAUUUGGCCGAAAACCUCGUCCAUGCACUUGAUCUAACACAAACUCACGUGAGGUCACUCUUGUCACAACUCAAACCCCAUUUUGUGUUCUUUGACUUUGCACAAAACUGGCUUCCCAAGUUGGCUUCUGAGCUUGGAAUCAAGUCCGUUCAUUUCUCUGUCUACUCUGCAAUAUCUGAUUCCUACAUUACUGUGCCUUCAAGAUUUGCAUCUCUUGAAGAUGGCAAAACCAUUACUUUUCAGGAUCUUAUGAAACCACCCCCUGGGUACCCUCAAAGUUCUAACCUUUUUCUCAAUGAGUUUGAGGCCAAGGAUUUCAUGUUCCUCUUCAAAAGAUUUGGUGAGAAACUAAUAAGUGGCUACGAGAGAGUGAUGCAAAGCCUCAGUGAAUGCUCAUUUGUGUUGUUCAAGUCAUGCAAGGAAAUGGAAGGACCCUACUUAGACUACAUAGAAAAUCAGUUCAAGAAACCAAUUCUAUUAACUGGUCCGUUAGUCCCAUUAGAACCAUCAAAUGACGUUCUUGAUGAAAAAUGGUCAAAAUGGUUGGAAAAAUUCCCACCAAAAUCUGUGAUACUAUGCUCAUUUGGAAGUGAAACAUUUCUCAAUGAUGAACAAAUCAAUGAGCUAGCAACUGGGUUAGAACUCACUGAAUUGCCAUUCAUCUUGGUCCUGAAUUUCCCGUCAAAUCUUAAUGCUGAAAAUGAGUUAGAAAGAGCACUGCCAAAAGGGUUCUUGGAAAGGGUUAGAGAGAGAGGUUUUGUUCACACUGGUUGGUUGCAACAACAACUUUUGUUGAAACAUAAAAGUGUUGGAUGUUAUGUGUGUCAUGGUGGAUUCAGUUCUGUGAUUGAAGCUAUGGCCAAUGAUUGCCAACUUGUGUUGUUGCCUUUCAAAGGUGACCAAUUCUUCAAUUCUAAGCUCAUAGCUUUAGAUUUGGAAGCAGGGAUUCAGGUCAAUAGAAGAGAUGAAGAUGGGUAUUUUGGUAAAUGUGAUAUAGUGAAGGCUGUGAAAAUUGUCAUGGUGGAAGGUGACAAAGAUCCAGGGAAGAACAUUAGAAAGAGGGCAAUUUACGUAAAUAAAUAAAGUGUGAGAGUUAUUUACGUAAAUGUGCAAAUCUGUUUGUUGUUACGAUUUUGUGCAA